CUAGGUCGGAUCCCAACCUGCUUAACCGGCAGGUGUGGUUAUGAGAGGCGCACGGAGAGGGGGAGGUGUUCGCCCGGGGAGGGGGGCACGAUGCACCGCGCCAAGGUCAGACGGCGCACGCAUGCGCACCGCGCGUCCCUCCCCCGCGCCCCGCGCGACCUUACCCGUACCUGCACCCACUUAUUCAUGUGCUCCUGUUACAUACUUGCACUCCCGGCAAUAGUCCUCGCCGCCUCUGUAAGCCCCGUGUUCGUGUCCCCGGUGUCGGGCGUGUAGUCAUUGGAUUUGGUGAUUUUUAACGCGAAGUCACUUGGAGCGUGAAGUGCACGAUCGUUGCGUUAGAUUUAUGUUUGUAAUAGUUUGCGCUCGUACAUAUCCGCUUCCGCAAAUUUUGCAGGGUACCUACGCUGGUUCGACAUGACGUAUGCAUCUACAAUUUUGCAACCUUUUUAUAUACCUGCAGAUUAAUUGCUAAAUCACGUAGAAGUUCACGUCUGAAGGAAAUGAUUGUGUUCAUUCAAUUUACAAAUUAGAAUUACCCAUGGCGUGGUAUGUAGUCGUGGUACGUGCAGAAAUCCUGUUAGUCGGAUUAGAGUGUGUAACAUUAGGCAAAUUAGAUCAUUUCUGUUUGCGGUGACUCGUGUUGCGGUUUAACCUUGUCGUUAGACGCAUUGUCCAUUAGUAGUUUUUGUUCUCAAAUCUUAACGAGUUAGCUAAUUAGAAUGGUUCAGCCCGGUUUCAGGCUGCCCAGUGUAUACUGUGGAGGCGAUAACACCGAAUAGGGUAACGCACACAGACUAUUUGAAUCUAACCUGGCGUGUUUUAUUUAGAAAGUUAAGCGGCAUCGCGCGGGCAGCGGCGUGCGGCGCGACGAGUGCGCUCGCCGCGUCGCCCGUUUCGGUUGCAACGUUCCAUUCACCUUAUUCGCCGCUGCGCCGUCGAGGUUCAGUGACUCCGGCGGUGACCGACUAACUCUUCAGGCGCGUCAUCGGAGUACUAAUGCCGUUUCAUCAUCGACCGACCGUCUUUCGAUUCUGUAGGUGUACGCGGCCGUCGUCGCGACCUCGUUUCGAGGCGAGCGAAUGCGGCGCGCCGCGUGUCGGCCGCCGCCGAACGUGCAGCGUUAUGUAAAGUGCUGAGACAGUGCAGCGAGAGUUGCGCUCGACCGCGUGCGCGCCUCUCUCCCCUCGCCCGGCCCUCCCCCUCGCGAUUUCGUCCGGCGGGGAAGCGCGGGGCUCGGAGGUCGCACUCCUCCCGCCUCGCACCUCCGAGACGCGUCGCGCUCCGGCACUCCGCACCCGUUCAGUUCAGUCGUCGGACGGAGUUCGUCGACGUCGGUCGGCUCCAGGACUCUGCCGUCGCGGAUCACUGUGACGUCGCGACCUCAGCGGCCGGUCGUCCGCUUUAGCCAUUUCGGGAGUUCGUGGUGGUUCCGCGGGUGCGUUCGCGACGGUCACGAACACGGGGCCGGCGGCAGCGGACGAAAAUAGCGUUCGUUAUCAUCGCGACCUCGGCGCGCGGCGAGACGAGAUAGCGCGAGGUCGGCGGCACCUGCGCGCCGCGCCCCACGUGCGCGUCCGCUGCAGCGACUGGCAACCGCUGGACCGCUGGAGCGUCCCCGCCCCCGCCCCCGCCAGCAUUGUCUGCUCUGCACAUUCCAGAACUAAACUACACGCAUUUUAUCGUAUUGGAUUUUUAUAUCCACCGUUAACCCGUUUACACUCGACGCGCCUGCUUAAAUAUAGACAUCUUUACCAUAUUAUCAUUCAGGUAGAUACUUACAUAAAACCGACACUAAGUUAUUGGUAUUCAUCGCUGAAGCUAUAUAAAUACACCUGAGAAAAAACAACAACGCAAAAGUUUUUAACAUUUGUUUUGUGAGUUUCGCAAUUAGUUUCGUUUCAAUAAGUCGUUUUAAAAAUCAGUUUCAAUUAAGUUCGCAAAUCAAUAAAGUGUACUAUUAUUAUUUUUCAAAGACUGAUACAAUUAAAGACGUUUGUAGCUAUGUUGAUACGGACUAGUGAAAUAUGAGUUUAGCAAAAACUGUGCAUGGACAUAGAAUGGAUGUACUUGUGGGAUAUACCGAAGUGAAUUUGGCGACUGCACUUGUUAUUGUCAACAACGUCGUGUUAAACCGGAACUUUUUGGAGCGAUGAGUGCGCCGGAGGACGCUUUCUAUUCGGACAUGCUCCAUACCAUUGCGAUUAAUACCAGGGAAACAGAAUACGGCAGAAUAGAGCAGUUUCCGGUAGUUCUCAAAACAUACCAACAGUUCCAACCGAACUGCUAUCCUAUCAACGGCUACGGAUACUCUCAAUCGCUGGUGGCGACUGUAACCUCUGCAACCUCUGUUCCCUGUGUACCAGAAAAUGAGAAACCCUCAUCUACCAGUAAAACUCUUACCAAGGAAGAGGAGACUCAAAAGAUCGCAAGGCCUCCAAAAAAGAAGUGGAUCAAAGAGUAUUUCGAGGAGGAACCGAAGUCGCCGGUGUCGGUGCGGCUGACAGGAGUAUCGGUGACGCGCAGCAACGGCGUGGUGCGGCCGACCUCGCCGAUGACGGUGACGCCCUCUGUACCCGCGCUCCUCGAGCCAGUCGUUGCCUCUGUCGUCCCCAUCGCCACCGUCGUCCCCGUCGCCCCCUCCACCGCUCCUCUCGACUUCGUACAAGAACAUUCCAGGCCGCGUACUACAACUAUCAGCCACGGGCUCCCUCAGAUCCCAUCCCCACCAUCAGUCAGCAGCAACGGCAGCAGCAGCAGCAACGGCAGCAGCGGCAGCGUGCCGCGCGCCGGCACUCGCGAGGUGCACAACAAGUUGGAGAAGAACCGCCGCGCGCACCUGAAGGAGUGCUUCGAACUGCUGAAGCGGCAGCUGCCCGCCACGCCCGACGACAAGAAGACCUCCAACCUGUCUAUACUCGGCUCGGCCAUCCGGUAUAUACAGGUACUCCGUCGAAAGGAACGUGAGUGCGAGCACGAAAUGGAGCGACUGGCACGAGAGAAAAUUGCGGCGCAACAACGGCUCGCCGCGUUGAAGAGAGACGUGUCAGUGCGCGUGACGGCUCGCCCUCGGAGCAUCGAUCCUAUUUCUGACGAAAAGGAAAGAGAAGAUAAUAUGAAUGGACAGAUCUUAGGACUUCCGAUUAGUAUUAUCUCGUCGCCGUCGCGUUCCGCAGCUCAAAUGGAGUCAUCACCGCCCCGCACCCUAAACCUAAGCACGAAGUUGCGUACAUUACCCAUACAGAUCACACCCACCACCUCGCAGGUCGUAAGGACUUCGUACGGCACGAGGCAUAACACGCUUACCCUUACAACAAUCGCUCCUGCCGAUGCGUCGCUCCAGAACGGCCAAGAAAACGGAGUAACGACUACAUUAAAUAGUUUAGUGCAUCCAGCGCAAAUUCACCUUCCUUUGUCACAAGUGGUCAGCAGCGGCGGGCUGGUGGUGGGCCCGGCGGCGCUGCAGCUGCUGUCCACCAGCGCUGGGCUGCGGGUGCUGCAAGCGCCCAACAUGCACACCAACGGUGUUAGCACAGAUAGUAAUAGGAUAGUGAAAGAAAAUGGCGUGUCGCCGCCUCCACCAGCCUCUACAGGUAUUGUUCCAGAAGGCAGCAUGGUGGUGAGCGGACUCACGCCGCUGGUGGUGUCGCAGCCGACGACGCACUUGUUGCAAACGCACACUUUAACACAUAAGAUGGUGGAGACGCAGAUGGUGGCGAGCGGCGUAACCCCGCUUACUCUGAGCGCCCAGUACCUGAGCGCCACCGCGCUCGUCAAGCCCGUGGUGGUGGUGUCGGAGCACGCGCGCCGCGACCACACGUGACCGGAGCACGUGCUCCGCGCGCCUGCGCCGCCGGACAAGCAAUGCUCCGCGCGCGUGCUCCGCCGGACAAGCAGUGCUCAGUGCUCAGUGCCCACUGACUACACGUGUUCGUAUAUACCACACCGUUGCUGUUGACUCGCCUUUGUCACGUUCACAUAGACUAUUAGGGCCUUUUCAUAACGACGCUUUUUGAACGCGCUGUAGACGCGCGUUUUAAUGAACGCGUAUUAGCAGAUUUAAUGCAUUUUCAUACAUUACAAAAGCGCAUUGUGUAUCUACGGCGUAUCUGUGAUUUCUUUUUAUUCUCUUCUAAAGAGCUGAGUCACAAAUUGAGUGACUAUGUAGCUCUCGUAGGGCUACAAAAACUAUAACAUAAAAUAACUUAUUAUAUCUUAGGGUUCAAUAUUACGCUUAUCUAAAUUAUUGUUCACUAGUUUUAUAUAAAAAUCUUGCAUUUUAUCUGCGUAUUUGUAGCGAUACACACGCGAAGAUCGAAUGAAAGAUCACAUGCUGAUUGGCUUGCGUUAUCUCAUGUUGUAUUGCGUACAACGCGUGUCUUCGGUGCGUUUAAAAAACGUCGUGUGUGUAGGCUCACACAAGGCCUAAACACAGGGCUGGAUUAACCAUGUCGAAGUUUUUUGCAAUGCAAUUUUCAGGGCCGAUUUUUAGCUACUUGAAAAUUUCAUGUAACUAUGUUAUUCCAACUCGACACAAUAUGUCUUUAUUUUUCUCUGUCUAGCGCGAUGGAAAGGGAUAGAGACGUAUUUCGAAACCCACACUGUUGAGUUGAGAUAUUGUAAAGAAAAAGUCUAUCUGAAAACAACAUUAACAUUGAGGCAAUUUUUUUACACAACAUCUAGUGGAAACAUUAUUGCCUUAACGUAAAUUUUCCCGAUUACCUGAUUGGAUAACUGUUAAAAUUAAAUUAUGUAUAGGGUGUAUUUAUUAAAACAACUUUCUGUUUUAGAUUAACGUCAUAUAAAUUAUCUAAUUAUCAAAAAGGGAGUAUUUAAAGAAUUCAUAAAUUUUUAUUUACCUUCCUGUCAUGUUAAAAUCGAUAUUCUUACUAUGCUAAAAUCGAUUGUGUUUACCGUAAAGAAGCUAUGAAAUUCGUGUAUAUUGGUACAUAAUAUAUACUACCAAAAGUGCCAAAGGGAUUUGUUAAAUGAGAUAUAAAUAAAUGUAAAAUAUGCAAUGUUCGGAAGUUUCAAUUCCGAAAUGUUACAUUUCAUAGUGUCUCUUGUAUUAUAUAUAUUUGACAAGUUUAUAUCAAUUUAUUACCCGACCAGAAAAAUUAAUAUCUCGCCAUGUUGUAAAAAAGGGAAUCUUCCAUUAGCAUACCAAACAUAAACAGCUUAGAUUAAUAACCUAUAGACCCGCAUCACCUAUUUUCACUCCAAACAUAGAAAAAGUUAUUUAAGUCACUUCUGUGAAUAUGUGAGCUUAAGAGCUAAGCUAAUUGCCUUCGCCAACACGCAUGCAAGCGUACUUAGCGUAGGGUAGCGAUGCGUCAAGGGCUCCCAUUACGGGGCACAUAAAACGGCUUACGAAUUCUUGGACCAAAACUAUCUAUGAGUUAUAAAUCUAUGAUAACCAGCUAAAAAGCCUUCUGCUGUAGCUAGUUACCUCUAUGGGCAAAGAUAUCCAGCAAUCUUCCGCUUCAUCUUAAACUGGAUGGCCACUUAACAUCAGAAAAGAUUACACUCAAAAGCUAACUUGACAAAAAAAGUUUAACCAGGCCCAUCCAAAUUUUUCUAUAUUUCUGGUCAGGAUAAAUAAUGACAAGAGAUAAUGACAAGACAUAACACAGAUAUGUUACAUAUGGAAUGGACUCUUCCUAAUUUGCAUAAUACCACGGGCGUAGUCUAGGGGAGGUUUUGAGAAUUACAAUUAUUAUCCGCGUGGUAUUAAGUAUUACGAGCAUUGCAUUGGGUCAACUUUCUAUUUUCUCACCCCCCUGAUACCUGACUCUGGUAAAUGAAUAUGUGACCGGAAAAACACGGCAAAUUAAAUAAAAUCUACAUGUGGUCUCACUAACUAGCAGAAAAAAGUUUUUGAUCAUAGAUAUAAUAAUAAUAUAAAUGUCUGAUAAUGAUUUUUUUUAUUUACCGCGUUUUUUUUUGGGUUAAAUUUGCUAGAGUCUAAACCCGGUAGUGUAUACUGUUAUUCGUAUUUGUAAAAGUAAGUUUGCUCUCAUUAAUACACAUUAUGUAGACUUGAAACGGUUGUCGGUAUAUCGUGUUCACUGCCCAAUUUAAUAAGCAAUAAUUCAAUGUUAACUUUAACUUAGAGAGUUUUGUGACUUAUGUAUAAAAUGUUUUUAUUUCAACGAAGUAGACCAUAUCUGCCACCGGUGUAGGUUGUGUCACAUAAAAAGAAUUAUGACAGUCUAAUAACAAAAUGGGUGUCUUGUUUAUUGUUUUGUACGAGUGAAGUAUAUAUUUACUAUACAAAUAUUAAUUAAAUAGAUAAACAUUGUCCUGCUACAGAGCAAUAAAAAUAGAAUAACAGACUAAAAAGAGAGUAGAAUAAAUGAAAAUAUACAGUUCUCCAUCGGAAGUAAAACUAUCCCGUCUUUAAAACAAUAAACAAUUACAAACAUUUACUUAUAACAUUUUACUUUAAUCAUAAUUUGGGCUAUUUUAGAUAUUAGCUUACAUGAAUAUAGUGGUUUUCAUAUUUAAAGAUAAUAACACUGCCAAUCUGAAUGAUUUAAGGUGUGUAGUAAAUCAUCAGCAUUCAUUUUACGUGACACGAUUUAUACCUGUUGUGUUUGCGAUUUUUACAAGAAAGAAACACGCGUUAGACCCUGUUCACAAAUAGGUUUUAGACAAACACAAUGCUGCCAUAACAUCAGUAAGAACUCGUCUAUUUCCUUUUGCACAAACUGUAACAAUGAUUGGAUCACAGAUAUCUUUAAAGUAUCUGGAUUGCAUCAUAGUGCAUAGAGUGCAGAGGAAUUUUAUCUAUAUUUAGUAAAGACAAAGUAAAACUUGCAAACGCGGUGUUUUACUGCACGAUUUUCCGGUCAUACAGUCUUCGAUUAACAAAAAAUUUAAUGGAUUUUAUGACAGGAAAAAUGGUCUGAAAAAUUAAUUAUGAGAAUUCGGAAAAGCAAUAUGCUGCGGUUUAGCGCACGGUGAUUCGUAUACGCAAAUCAAAAUGGCGCUUUGUAUUGUGCGUGUGUUUCAUCAUGUUUGUGUAAACAAGUGAUAGCAAAGUGACAAACAUGACGUGACGUAAGUAAUGUGUUGUAUAAGUUGAUCGCAAAAUACGCCGACUACUUACGAGCUCAGUCAUAGAUUGUCUAGUAUUUCUGAAUUGGUUGUAAUUAUAGAGUUAGCGGCUUAGGUUUGCCCCAUUAGCGCGUUGCGUUACCGCUGUGCCGUUUUCCGUAUAUUUUAAAUGACAUGUCACAUUAAGACGUUGCGUCGACUCAGGUGAAGUUCCAACAGAUUGACAUACGAGAUACAAUACGGAGGGAGGGUGAUGCGCUGUGCUAUCGGAACUCCGACGCAACGACGAACAGUGCUUCAUGAAAAACACUUAUUUUGUAUGCAUGGUUGAGACUUGACUUUGAGACGUCGCAACAAAGGUGUGGCAUACAAUAUGUUGAUUCGUUGCGUUGACAACGCAACGCACUAAUGAGGCAUCACCCUGUAGGUUCAGAGCCGGCAUACUAGAUGCAUCGUAGUAUAUUUGUUAGUGUCCAAGACAUUGACAUUGCUGGCCGCUGAAAUAGACUAAAAUCAAUUAAUGCCACGCUUUACUUAUGCGGCUGGCCUUUAAAAUGUAUAGAUAUGAAAUUUUAGUAUGGCGUGCAAAGAUUUUGUGAUCUAAGGUAAGCUCAAAGCUGACAAAUGAUACGUGAUUACGAUGACCUAUCCUAAUUCUUAUUGCUAUGUGUACGGUUAUGUGUAUUUUCGGCAGGUAAACUGCGAAUUCGGUUGAGAGUCUAGUCGGGUUAAAAAUGUUAUGGAAUUUCAAAAUUUUCUAUUGGAGCCCGAAAGUAGAAUAUCGUCUUGCUGGGGGUAAGUAAAUUAUUUCGGCCUUGCUCUUGAUAUAUAAUCGGGCUGUGAGAACAAGUUCAUUAGAGAGUGCACCUGUGCUUGUUUAGAGAUUUGUGCACUUACGUGGGUAGUGUUUGUUGAGAAGUGACGUGGAAAUACGGUUAGAUGAGCAUUAUUGUUAUAAUUAGUAGGUGAAAAGGCGUUGCGCAGCUCAUUUGCCUCUUGCAGAUAUAUCUCAGGCGCUAUCCCUUUUGUCAUCGCUUGAUGAUUAAAUCGUGUAAAUGAAAUCGGUCGAUCGUUACAUUUGAUCGGAUCGCAUGAUGUAAUUAAAUCGUGCGAUGAAACCGGUCGAUCGGUACUUUUGAUCGCAUCACAUGAUGUGAUUAAAUCGUGCGAUGAAACCGGUCGAUCGUUACAUUUGAUCGCAUCGCAUGAUGUGAUUAAAUCGUGCGAUGAAACCGAUCGAUCGUUACAUUUGAUCGCAUCGCAUGAUGUGAUUAAAUCGUGCGAUGAAACCGGUCGAUCGGUACUUUUAAUCACUAUGUUUGAACCAGUAGCGUGUACUUCUUAAGUGUAAAAAUAUUAAGGAUGCAUUACGAGCAUCAUUGCAGAAGGAAUUUAUCUUUUUUUUAAUUUUAAUAGUGGAUACCCUACCUAUAAGCCUUGUGCACGCCACUGGUUUGAACGCACGAGCGUGCGAUCGUGUCCGUCGGACGCACGCAUCACCCUACGAGCGAUGACAAGGACAGUGCCCAAUGGCAAUCUGCGAUCAACUUUUUAGUCCGGCCAAUCUGUUACGCUAGCGUAGGUAAAAUUCUCUUUAUAUUUUUCUACAAAAACAAAUUAAUUCCAUGUGAUUGUAUAGUACAGUAACGAUAUGAAUGUAAAAAAAAUAUAUUAUUUAAAUCAUUAUUUAUUUAGCGCCAGUAGAGCGAAAUUAUAUACCUAACUGAAACUGAGAUAUAUUUUGGAGCGGAUUCGUGUAAUAGGAAGUAGUUUUACCUUAUUUUAUUUAUUAUAGUUUUGCACAAUGUUUCAUGAAAUAAUAUUUUUAUUGAUGAUUCGUGUAAAGGAGAUAGAGAUUAGCACUGAACUUUGGCAUGGAUUAUGUGAUGAUAAGAUUAUAAUCUAUUUGGAGAAAUAGAUAAAACUGUUAAUAUUCGUAUUAGAAAUGCGAACGCACGCAUAGGUAAUGAAAUUUUGUAUACAGAGUUCCUAGUGGCAGAUUUCAUAUUGUGACGGUCGCGUAAUGUAAACGCUAAAUUCUAAGGAAUUAAAAUAGCGCCAUCUAGUGCACUACUGCACAACUGUUUCAUUUCAUAUAAAUUUGCGUUUACGUUUACGCGAUCGUCACAGUAUGAAAACAUUGAAAACUCCCACUAGGCACUCGGUUUGUUAUUCGUACAGAAUAUAACCUACUUGUACAAAAUCUAUUUUAAUACAUUCACUGUCCCCAUACAAAGUUAUCUUACUACCCCACAAACCUAAACAGGUAUUUAGGUUAUAUUAUAUUAAUUUAAACUUUAUCAGAAAAAUAAUUUUUCGUAAUACAGUUUUCCAUUUUUCUCGAGAUUACCUCGUGAGCCCACGUUGGGGUCACGGACCUGUGACGAGAAACUGGUGUGAGCCUACAUAUGGCUCACUGGAAUGUACACGUGUUAACAAAAUAAUCCAAGAGCAAAAGCUACGUAGUACGUACGUUUAAUUUCACCUCCAUAGUUCUCGUUCGCUGGGAAUACGGGGAUAAAAUAUUUAAGCGUAACAAUAAAAUUCACUUUCGCAUUUAUAAUAUAAAUAUGGAUAUCGUUUUCUCAAAGAUAAUAAACAUAAGUUCAGUGCUAACCUCCAUACGUACGUGAUUUUUAAACUCCAUACGUACGAUGGUAGGUGCCCAAAGCUACAAAAAUUGCAUUGGAUAGUGUGUUAUAAAUUGUUUAUUUCAUGGGGAUUUAACCUAUUUUACUAUGAUUUAAACACAUUAGUGCCUAUUUGAUUGAACAAGAUCCUCCAAAAACAUGUCAGAUAACUGUACUAUAGUCCAGGAUUCGGUAAGCAUAUUUACAAUUAAUUACUAGGUAUCAAUUUAAUUUAUAGUACUCGUAGUAGAGUAGCUUUGUCUUGAUCGGUAUCUUUAACUCAACUUUUAUAUUUACAAAAAUUCUUGCUUCUGGUAGCUAACAGGGUAACUAUAGGUAAUGAAAACUUCUGAACUAGGAAAAAGAUAACAUGCCACGAAAUUUGUAGGACAAUGUAACAUUAAAACACAACUGGUUAGUAACAAUUUCUGACGACCUUAUUGAUUUUGGAAAAGGAGUUGUUCUAAAAUUAUUACUAAACAGCUGUUUUUUUACUAUUGCUUAAUUAAUAUGCAACUUAACAGCCACAUUGUCCUACAAAUUGCGUGGUAUGUUGUCUCGUUGCUACGCCCAGAAAAUUUUAUUACCUAGUAACCCUGUUAACUACCAGAAUCAAGAAUUUCGCAAAUAUAAAAGUUAGGCGUCUAAUGAAGAUGAAGCUACUCACGGAAACUUAACUUGAUAGUAAUUAAUUUUAAAAAUGCUCCUCGGAUCCUGGACUAUUAAUUUGACAGAUGCAGUUAUGCUUUUUACAGUUUUUAUAGGAAUAGAGUAGCCUUCUCAUUUUAGUUAAAUUUGGAGAUUAGUGUACAAAGGAAUUGGUAACAUUGAAUAGUAAAAAAAAAUGUCAAUAUAAAUAUAUGUAUUAGAAUUAAGCAAAAUUGGUAGAUACUUGUUAUGUAUAGAUUAAACAAGAAAAAGUUUAUUUUUUCUAUGUAUUAUCUGUGAUGUGUGCAGUUAGUUACUGUAGUACCUACUCGAAACUGUACAAAGGCGUCUUUAGGUGUUGUCAAUUUCUAAUAGCCGCGUGAUUAGGUAACUUGAAAAUUGUAAUGAGUGUUGUUAUGAAAAAUAAUAAAAAUGUGGCUUAUAUUUGUGUGGAGGAGAUAUUUUUCCAUGGUUAAUAAUAAUCUGAAAUAACGAUCAAAAUCUAAAUGUUUUUAUAUAUCGCCAAAGCUCAGGGGCCUUAGCCAUGUGUCACGUCGAUUUUCUUUCUACAAACGCUUCGAAAACUAACAGAAUGUAUGGGAUUGACGUACACUAUCGACAGGUCACGUGAUCAAGUUUUCGAUCGGAUCUGUCAUUCCCAUACAUUUUGUUCGUUUUCGAAGCGUUAACGUUUGUAGAAAGAGAAUCGACGUGUCACAUGGCUACAGCCCCUGGACACGAGGCAUACGACUGUGCAGAGUCCAGACAGAUCUCAGACUUCUGAGCUGUCUGUUUGGAACUUACUUAGUCUUAGAACUUACUUAGUUUAUUAGCUGAUUUAAGCUGUUUUAAUUAAUUGCUGAUUUCCAUCAGUAUUAACGUGAGAAGUGUGAUCAGCAUCAGAGUUAUUAUUUCAUCAUAAAUUAUGCCUCCUAAUUUAGGGAUAUGCUUGUAUAAAUCAAUUGCAAAGUUAUUUAUUAAUUUAACUUUACAAAAGUACCUUCUAUUUAUUAAUAAAUUUAAUUUCCGCCAUUCAAAUUAGAUUAUAAUUAUUAUUAAAAAUGUUCACAGAAUUCAAUAAUAUUAUAAUAAAAAAUUCGCUAUUGGUUCGUUCCAAAAGUGACGUAGCAGUACGCACUAACUAGUUCUGGCAACCAAUAGAAAAGUGUUUUGACAUUUGUGACGUCAUCACAGUACACUUCAACACAACACGCUAAAAUGGCGGUGUAAAAUAUGUCAAUUAAUUUUUAAUAUUUAUUUUGCAUUAAAUAAUAGUAUUUUCUGUUUUAUGGCUAUUAUCAUAAUAUUGGAAUGGCAGAAAACAACUAAAAGUUAUAAAAAAUACAUGAAUAUUCCUGCUUAAUUUUAUACUUAAUUUUGAAUUUAUAUUAUCCCUUCACUAUGUAUUGAGUAAACAUUACUUAUGUUAUUAAAUAAAACCUAUUGACUUAUUGAAUAUAACAGAAUUCGCUCCAGUAGGUAUACAGUAUGAAAAAUAUGUAUUUGUAAAAAUUAAAUUAUAACAAUAUACGAUUUCACUUUGCCUAAUAUUAAUAGUGUAGGUAUGAAAAUUGUAUAAAUAUUGUAAAAGUAAGAGAGAAAUAUAUUUUAAUUGUAAUAUUGUGAAGCGGAUGCUCAUGUAAAUAUUGUAGUGUAUAAAGUUCUAAAGUGUUAGAAAUACACGAAGUUAUAUAUUUAA